GGUCCAUGGCAUGGUCAUACCGCCCAUGAUAAAGUUUCCACAAAUAACAAUAAUAACACAAUAUAGACGAAAAUAAUGCACAAAUAACGCGGCCCCAAAGAACCUGCGCGGUGAACCACAUGCAGUAGCAUGGAUAAACUCCGCGGCGGCACUCUGGUCGGCGGUGGAUCCCCCAGCGGCGCUGGAUCGACGACUCCGGGUCAGGAGCACCAGCAACUGGAGCAGUAUCAGUACCCCAAAAACCUGAUCGAGCAAUAUCUUAGGGCCUCCAGCAAGAUCAAGAAGUUCGAGCGGGCCGGCUUCUUCAAACGCUUUGCGCCCAGCGUGGUCGAUGUGCAGGCGGACUUCCAGCGACUGGCCUACAGCUUCGAGGAGUCGGGCAUCCUGCAGUACGCGGCCAUGUGCCACAUUGGGUAUGCCAAGUGCGAGUCCUACGGUGGCGCACCGCAGCGUGAAUCGGAGGCUUAUCUGCGGGCAGCGAGAUCCUUCCUGGCGGCGCACAACGAGUCCGGGCAGCUGCAUCUGCGCACCCGCCACUCGGGAUUUCGGGAGGGAGCGCUCCAUUGCUAUCACCGUGCGGCGGAUCGAGCGGUGGACGGAUGCGUCUUCAAGGCAGCCAUUCUGCGAGAGUUGAAGCAGCUGCAGCGCCAGCUGGACAGCACCAGCAGCUUCGCUUCGCCCACCCAUCAGAUCCACGACCUGGAAAUCAGCGCCGAGACGAGUGGCCAGCGCGGCGAUUUCCGCAGCGCGCUGCAGCACUACGACGACAUUGUAGAUAAUAUUUACGAGCGCCGCGGUGCUGGCAUGUACGGUGAACUAUUGCGGCGCGUUGAGGUACUGCGUCUGUUGCUCCUAGUCCAUUUGAACCUGCCUCCCGCACGCCAGUCACCUGCCCACAUCAAGCUGAUCGAGUACUACUACAACCUGGCGCAGUUUGAGUCGCGUCCCUGCUCGGCGGACGACGGGGGUUCAGCGGAGCGUCCGGGAGCAUUUGUGCCCGAGCAGCAGCAGUAUGCGCUGGCGGAGAUUACGUGUGCCUGGGUGGAGCGUAAAAUGUGCGAUCUAAAGCACCUUCUACGCGAUUUUGGAGCUGAAUUCGGAUCAUUGAGCGGCGUAGAAAGGCAGCUUCUGGCGGUAAUGCAUGCGGAACUAGCCAGGAGCUACUAGAUUAUAGACCUAAGAUCGUACUGUACAUUAUUUACUACUGGAUCAUUACCACUGAAUAGCACAUAUAACUAUCGCUUAAGUGUAACCAAGUCUACCAACUAACCUUUGAACGUGCCUACACGCAUAACAAUUUAAAAUUAACAAACGAAAGACCAGGUGAAUGCAGCAAUAAAGCGAAGGUGCGAAACGCAAUAAAAUGUAAUAGGAUUUGAGCGAUCACGCUUGAGAUUUGUACAAUAAAUAAAGGAAUACGAAUGAUAAUGCGGAGAUACAGAUGACUAACAAACAAA